AUGAACGAUUCUUACAUCCGUCGUCAACGUAUUCGGGUUGCUCAUGCAUUACCCCGUCGCGAACGCUUUGGAUUCCGCAAUAACUUCGGUGGUAGCUACGGCGGCGGUGGAGGAGGUUACGGAGGAUCAUAUUCAAGACGGUGAGU